AAAUCAUCUAAAGGCCUCACAGUUAUUCUCACAUAUGUUGAUGAUUUAGUUCUUGCUGGUGAGGAUUUAGAUGAGAUCAACAAUGUCAAACAAAUUCUUCAUAAAGAGUUUGGCAUUAAAGAUCUUGGACAACUCAAAUUUUUCUUGGGUUUAGAAGUAGCAAGGUCUGCUAAAGGUAUUUGUCUCAAUCAAAGAAAGUAUGCAUUAGAUUUGCUUCAAGACACUGGUUUAUUGGCUUCAAAACCUUGUUCUACACCAAUGGAUCACACUAAUCAUCUUCAUAAAGCUUCUGGACCUAUGUUUGAAGAUGUUACGAAGUAUAGAAGAUUACUUGGAAGAUUGAUUUAUCUAACCAAUACUAGGCCAGACAUAUCCUAUGCAGUUGGUAAGCUAAGUCAGUCACUUGAUUGUCCUACUGUUGCUCACUAUCAAGCUGCCCUUAGGGUGUUGAAAUAUAUUAAAAAUGCACCAGGGAAAGGUCUCUUCUUUCCAGUCGCAUCAGAUCUGAAACUUACAGGUUACACAGAUUCAGAUUGGAGUACUUGUAUUGAUUCUCGAAGGUCCACUUCUGGUUUCUGCUUCUUUUUAGGACAAUCUUUGAUAUCCUGGAAGAGUAAGAAACAAUCCGUUGUAUCCAGAUCUUCCUCAGAAGCAGAGUAUAGAGCUAUGGCUUUAGCAACAUGUGAAUCUCAAUGGAUAGUCUAUCUUUUAUAG